AUGGUGAAACUUCGUUUGAAACGAUGUGGUAGAAAGCAACGUGCCGUCUAUCGAAUUGUUGCAAUUGAUGUUCGGUCCCGAAGAGAGGGAAGAGAUUUGCAGAAAGUGGGUUUUUAUGAUCCGAUCAAAAAUCAAACUUAUUUAAAUGUUCCUGCUAUUCUAGAUUUUCUUGAAAAAGGUGCUCAACCUACAGAGACUGUCUAUGAUAUUUUCAAGAGGGCGGAGGUUUUUAAGGAAUUUCGCCUUAAUCAAACAAAGUUCACUUAA